UCAAUGACUUGAAGUUGACAGUUGGGAGUGUUAUAUCUUAUAACAUAAGUGCAUGCUAGAUUGAAUUUCCGAUAAAACACAAAGUACAAAACCAAAGCUCCGCCAUACUCCAUCCUUCUCCCUCACGGUGAAGUUGUUGUUUGUGUGAUUUCAACGGUUUGGUAAGAGAUGUCUUUGCAAGGACAAUUGGAUAGGUUCAAGAAACAGCAAGAGAAGUGUCAAUCGACGCUUUCGAGCAUUGCGGCGAGUCAGGUUGGUGGGAGAAAGCCUAGUAAUGCAGUAGUUGGAAAUGCGGCGAGCAAUGGGAGAAAUCAGACAAGUGGUAUCAAGUUCUCGAAAGAUACGGAGAGGCUUCAGCAGAUUAAUAGUAUACGUAAAGCUCCUGUUGGUGCGCAGAUGAAGCGUGUUAUUGAUCUAUUGCUUGAGACGCGGAAGGCGUAUACUCCAGAGCAAAUAAAUGAAGUAUGCUAUGUUGACAUGAGGGCUAACAAAGAUGUUUUUGACAAUCUGAGGAAAAACCCAAAAGUACACUAUGACGGGCAACGAUUCUCUUACAAGGCAAAGUAUGGCCUUAAGGAUAAAACUGAGCUUCUUCAACUGGUACGUAAGUAUCCAGAGGGCAUUGCUGUUAUUGACCUCAAGGAUGCUUACCCCGUUGUGAUGGAAGACUUACAGGCUUUGAAAGCUGCAGGGCAGAUUUGGCUGCUUGCCAACUUCGAUUCGCAGGAAGACGUUGCAUACCCGAAUGACCCCAAAGCAAACAUUAAGGUGGAUGAUGACCUAAAACAGCUAUUCCGGAGCAUUGAGUUGCCUCGUGAUAUGAUUGAUAUAGAGAGGGAUCUUCAAAAGAAUGGAAUGAAGCCUGCCACCAACACUGCAAAGAGGAGGAGUGCAGCACAAAUUGAAGGCAUUUCUUCCAAGCCUAAGCCUAAGAAGAAGAAGAGUGAAAUCACCAAAAGAACCAAGCUGACCAAUGCCCAUCUUCCGGAGCUUUUUCGGAACCUAAACAAUCCCUGAUCAACUCACUGCAAGUCUGCAAGUGCUGCAUUAGGUCAAGUAGAUAAUUUAUUAGCCUAAGUUAGAUCAGCAGGUUGAAAAAUAUUCCGGAGAUUCUUAUUGCUCUCUGCCCUACUCUUGAUAUAUGUUUCAAAUUUUUGUACAUCAAGGCUGUAGCUUAUGGACUGGAGUCACUGGACUGGUUUGAUCUAUAAGAACAAUUCUAAAAAUAAAUUGUGAUUCUGUGUAUAUUAAAGCCUUGUUUAGUAUUUUGUUUUCAGGUCUUAUUAAAGUAUCUCUCUCACUCAUAC